AUGUUUUCCUACCUGCCAUGGAAUGCUGCACUUCAGAACAACCAGGCUGACCACCAAGCACCCUCAACAGCACCCCCACAGAGGGAUGAAGACGGCAACCAGCUGGAGGAGCGGUUUGAGCAAGUGAAAUUACAGGACGAGGUCGACGAGAAGCUUGGCUUCGCUCGUAUCCAGGAGGGCCCUGCACGAGAGGGAUGGUUGAUCAAUAUACAUCCGACACUAGUCAAAGCCGCGGACUGGCCGGGAGGCAAAGCCGCCGUGGACUACUACUUCAUCCAGGACGAUGGAGGCAUGUUCAAGGUACGAUGCAGUAUGAGCCAUACUUUUCAUCUCGUGCAAGAACGGCAUGGAAACGUCAUUGAAGAGUGGCUUAGGAAGCAGUACGAAGGCGACGACCUAAAGAUGCCGAAUCAUCUUAUGGGCCAUCGUCGACUAUUCCUGAAGCUGUCAUUCCGCAAUGUCUCGGAUCUCCUCACUCUACGACGCGACAUCCUGCCUCUUGCGCUCGCAAAUAGCGCAAAAUUCGAUGCAGUGGACGCCUACGCCGAGGUGGUGAAUGCCACAUCCGCCGCCGCCACCAACAUCGAACUCGAAGGAGAAUGGGCAGCCAACGGUGAGUCACAGACAGGCUCGUCGCGGUGGGGAGCCGGGUCUCGCGACCGAGACCCGCGUGAAUAUAUCCUCGAUAUCCGCGAAUACGACGUCCCCUACUUCCUUCGCGUAGCCAUGGACAAGAAUAUCAACGUUGGUCUGUGGUAUGCGGUCACCUUCGAUGCAGGUCAACCCGACCUCAAACUUCUCAAGGAGCGUGUCAAGCGUGCCGACCCUGUGGCGCCCCUCAAAUUCCCCGACCAGGCCAUCGACCAGGUUAUGAUGAUUUCAUACAUGGUAGAUGGACAGGGCUAUCUUAUCACGAACCGCGAGAUCGUGGGCGAAGAUAUCGAAGAUUUCGAGUAUACUCCAAAGGAGGGCUAUGAGGGCCCCUUCACGAUUUUCAACGAGCCGGACGAGGCGGCGACGAUUUCUCGCUUUUUCUCGCACAUACAGGACGUCAAACCCACCGUUAUGGCCACGUUCAACGGCGACUUCUUCGAUUUCCCAUUCCUCUAUGCCAGAGCAAAGGUUCACGGCAUCGACAUGUUCUUGGAGACCGGUUUUGCCAUAGACUCUGAGGAUGAGUUCAAGAGCCGCACAUGCGUCCACAUGGACUGUUUCCGCUGGGUCAAGCGCGACUCAUACCUCCCGCAGGGAAGUCAGGGAUUGAAAGCGGUCACGACGGCCAAGCUCGGCUAUAACCCUAUAGAGCUUGACCCCGAACUCAUGACACCAUACGCUAUGGAGCAACCUCAAAUCCUCGCCCAGUACUCCGUUUCCGAUGCGGUUCUGAGGAAAGGCAGUGGAACGCUUUGCGAAACCCUUCUCAUGGUGGAAGCGUGUCAAGGCGAGAUCAUCUUCCCGAAUCGACAAGAAGAGUCGCACGGCGUCAUGUACGAUGGACACUUGGUGGCGUCCGAAACCUACGUCGGGGGACAUGUGAAGCCCUUGAAGCGGGGGUAUUCCGUAUCUCACGGCAAGCUCGAGGACGUCACCAACUACGAUGAAGUCAAGUUGCAAAUCCAAGCCAAGCUGGAGGAGAUGCGAGACAACCCUCUACGUAUGGACAAACCGCUCAUCUAUCACUUGGACGUCGCUGCAAUGUACCCGAACAUCAUGUUGUCGAACCGACUGCAGCCCGACUCCAUUGUCGACGAGGCGACCUGCGCUGUGUGCGACUUCAACCGCCCCGGCAAGACCUGUGACCGUCGUCUGACCUGGGCAUGGCGUGGAGAUUUCUUCCCCGCCCGACGCGAUGAGUUCAACAUGAUCAAGCAUGCGCUGAACCAGGAAGCUUUCCCACCGAAGAAACCUGGAUGCCACCUCGGAAUGUACAAGAAGGUCAAGGACACGAAGAUUGAGGAGCGCGAAGCCAUUGUCUGCCAGCGCGAAAACCCCUUCUACGUCGACACUGUGCGUCGUUUCCGAGAUCGGCGAUACGAAUACAAGGGCCUGCACAAGACGUGGAAGAAGAACCUGGACACGGUCGUCUCUGAACAACGCUCGAUCACCGAGUGCAUUCUCAACUCGUUCUACGGCUAUGUCAUGCGGAAAGGAGCGCGUUGGCAAUCCAUGGAGAUGGCGGGCAUACUUAAUUUCAAGUUCAAGCUCAAGAACGGCAAGGCGAUCGCGUUCUCGUACCCGUGCACGAUGCUUAAUCAUCUCGUCCACGCAACUGUGAAGAAGCGUUACGCCGUUUUCAACGACGACGGCUCCCUUGCAGAACUGAAGGGCUUCGAGGUCAAGCGUCGUGGAGAGCUGCAGCUCAUCAAAAUCUUCCAGUCUCAAAUCUUCGAGAAGUUCCUCCUCGGAACGACACUCGAAGAGUGCUACGCCGCUGUGGCCCAGGAUGCCGACCGGUGGCUGGACGUCCUGUUCAGUCAUGCAGCAGACCUCGCGGACGAAGAGCUCGUCGAGCUCAUUUCGGAGAACCGAAGUAUGUCGAAGACUCUUGCAGAGUACGCCGGCCAGAAGUCCACCUCGAUCAGUACUGCCCGCCGCCUGGCCGAAUUCCUUGGCGACCAGAUGGUCAAGGACAAAGGUCUUGCUUGCAAGUUCAUCAUUUCCGCGAAGCCGAUGGGCGCACCCGUCACCGAACGCGCGGUACCCGUCGCCAUCUUCUCGGCCGAGGAAGGCGUCAAACGCACAUACCUCCGCAAGUGGCUCAAAGACAACGGCUUGACAAACUUCGAUCUGCGCUCCAUCCUCGACUGGGAGUACUACAUCGAGCGACUUGGCUCCGUCAUCCAGAAGCUCAUCACCAUCCCCGCUGCGAUGCAGAAGGUCGCGAACCCCGUUCCCCGUAUCCGUCAUCCCGACUGGCUGCACCGUCGUGUCGUCGCCCUCGAAGACAAGUUCCACCAGCAGACCCUCACCGACCUCUUCAAGCGUGCAAACGAGAAGAAACCCGCAGAGGUCGCCGACAUGGACAUAGAAGACGCGAUGUCGCAGCCGCAGAAGCCCCGCGGGUUCCGUCCCAAAGCAGUCGUAAACCGCAAGUCCAAGCACCGAGACGACAGCCCGGAGGCCGAUGACGCUCAUAGUGUAUUCGCGGAGCUUCUCCCCGAUAGUCAUGCGCAAGCGCUGGAGGCACCGCGCUGGCGACACGUCCGAGAGCGUCGCAGUGCCCGCGAUGUUCCGUGGAGUGCGCACGAAACAGAACACGCACUGGGACGUCGUUCAGAUCCGGCCCAACAAGACUCCAGGCGGUUCACCCUCUGGCUGUCGAUUGAUGGGUCUCUCACCUCCUUUGACCCCAAGCUGUAUCAGUGCGAGAAGGUCGUAAGGAGUCUACCUCGUGAUCGCCCUUGCGUGAACCUAUACAAGCUCACCGUUCUGGAGCACACGUAUUUGGAAAGCCAGGAGCACUUCAUCGACAUCACCAACGAUCCUAACGUCGACGGGGUCUACGAGUUGCAGACGUGCACCAACGAAGACAAGACAAUGACCCUGAGCCGUGCCGAGACAGUCGGUUCCUCCGGCUCCAAGCGACGGUACUUGGACCAAGGGCGAGAUGGCAAAUACAUCUUCCUCUAUCAUGCCUGCGCUCAGAACGCCCCAGUGCAUGUCUUUGCACUCUUCAUUCCUGGAGAGGUGGUCAAGCUCCACAUCGUCGACCCCGCCACUCGCCGACAAUCCAUUCCUCCCGUCUCUCGUGAGCUCGGCCUCUUUGAGAACCGGUCCUACACCGUGGUCAUCUCUUCCAGCAAAGAACAAAGCUACUUCGACUUCCAGACACCGAAGCUCAGCAAGUUCCCAGUCCUGUCGAUGACCAAGUCCAAAUUACCCCAUUCGCUAGACGUCUUCCCAUGGCAGACAGGUGUCGCCCAGAAGCUCGUCGCCCGCUACCUCACCCUAGGCCCCUGGUUAGACCGGACCAUCGCGAUGGCGGAAUACUACGACGUGCCCGUCGGCCAUAUCGAGGGUGAUCAGCCUCUACUACUAGCAGACAUUGAGUUCGCCCGUCGGUUGACUAGUCAAGACAUCGUCCUAUGGUGGUCCCCCGGAGACCGUCCUGACCUCGGCGGCAUCGAAGAAGACAACCGUCCGGUUGAGGAGCUUGCAAAGACCGAGUUCAUCUCUCCAGGCUGUUACUCGAACGUGUGCCUCGAAGUCACCGUUCGCAACCUCGCUGUUGAUGCUGUUCUGCACUCCGUCAUCGUCAAUGAGCUCGAAGGAAGCGGCGGAGCCACGGCCUUUGACACCUCGAAGACCUUGGACGAGUACUCGAAAGGCGACACUUCCCACGACGUUACUCUUGGCGAGUCAAACGUCUCACCACAGACGUUCGGCAUCCUGAAAUCUCUCAUCAAGACCUGGAUGGUGGACAAAAUUCAGGGCAGCUUCGAAAGCCCCGCGACUGUCGCCAUCGAUCACUUCUGGCGAUGGAUCAGCUCAACCGCCUCAGCUAUGUACGACAUCGGCAUCCAUCGGUUUGUCCACGGGUUGAUGCGCAAGACUUUCAUCCAGAUGCUCGCCGAGUUCAAGCGGCUGGGUUCCCAUGUAGUCUACGCAGAUCUUAGCCGUAUUCUCCUUGUCACGUCAAAACCUCCCGGGACCGCUCACGCCUACGCCAUGUAUAUCACCACCGCCGUCACUUCGCAUGAACUCUUCCAGCACGUCUACCUCCACACAGAACGCUUUUACGACUUCCUUCUAUUCAUGGACGAAGCAAACUUCGGCGCGGUCGUCUGCGAGGACCCGCUUGCCUUGGAACCUCCAGAACAACUUGCUAUCGAAAUGCGCUGGAAUAUCCCAUCCUUCCUCCCACCCGCCAUCCAGGCCGACUUCCGUGCUGCCGUACGCUACUUCCUCGUCGAGUUUUUCAGGACGGUACAGAAGAGCCAAGGAGCGGUCCGUGUCCCCCUACGAUCUCUCCAAAACGGCGAACCAGAGACCACCCAGCGCGAGAUGUCCAAGGCCUCCGAUUCCAAGUCCACUCCCACCCAAGAAUUUAUCACUCGCAAGCUCACGCGACGCAUGCUUCGGAUUCUCGGAGGGGCACAAGAGCGGUAUCGCAAUGCCCUGACGGACACCCACGAAGACGGCUCGCAGUCGGAGCUCGCGCAGUGGGAAUUCCCCCUCCUCCCCGGCUCGCACCUGCAUAUGAGCAACCCCGCGCUGGAGCUCGUCAAGUUCGCCUGCGCCGUCUUUGCGCUCUCGAAGGAGCACGCGCUCGAGGUCGGCCUCAUGAAGCGCAACCUGCUCGAGCUCGUCGGCGUGCGCGAGUUCGCUUCUGAAGCGGCGUUCGUGAACCCGUGCGAGCCCCUCAAGCUCGCGAGCGUGCCCUGCCGGUACUGCGACAGCAUGCAGGACUUCGACUUCUGCCGGAGCCCUGCGCUCGCGCCAGGGCGCCCGUGGCGCUGCGCACGGUGCGGUGGCGAGUACGACCGCGCAGAGAUUGAGUUCGCGCUCGUCCGCGCCGUGCUCGAGCUCGAGCGGCGGUUCGCUCAGCAGGACCUCCGGUGUGCGCGGUGUGCGCAGGUCCGCGCGGACAACGUGAGCCGCCACUGUACGUGCUCGGGCGCGUACCAGCUCACGGUGAGCCGUACGGACACGCGCAAGCGGCUGCGCACGAUCGUGAACGUUGCGCUGGCGCACAACAUGGUGCGGCUCAAGGAGGUCGCGCAGACGCUGCUCAGCAGCUGGUGA